AUGAUGGCAAGGAAACGACGUAGUACAACAGAAAUAAAUACAGCUGAAAAUGCUUCGGUUCCAAAACGUCGUUAUACUAGUGCACAAAGAAAUCAUCUUGAAGAAAUGAUGGUUUUUAAUCAUAAAAAAUGUCUUUCCUGGUAUCAUAAAUAUACAAACGAUGUCGGCGAACUAGGUCCCGAAGGCAUGGAAAAAUUUUGUAUGGAUAUUGGGGUUGACCCAGAAGAUUUAGUAAUGCUUGUUUUGGCUUGGAAAAUGAGUGCUAAAUCAAUGGGCUAUUUCUCAAGUGCUGAAUGGUUAAAGGGUCUUACAGAAUUACAGUGUGAUUCAGUUAAAAAACUUCAAAGUAAAUUGGAAUCUUUGAGGUUGUAUUUUAAUGAUCCAUUAACAUUCAAAAGUAUAUAUAGAUAUGCAUAUGAUUUUGCAAGAGAUAAAGAUCAACGAAGUAUGGACAUAGAAACUGCAAAAUUAAUGCUAAAUUUAUUACUUGGAAAACAAUGGAAACUUUACACUUUAUUUGCUAAAUUUAUAGAUCAAUCCAAGUAUAGAGUUAUUAAUAAAGACCAAUGGUGCAAUAUAUUAGAAUUUUCACGAUCUAUCACUACAGAUUUGGCAAAUUAUGACAUAGACGGAGCAUGGCCUGUUAUGUUAGACGAGUUUGUGGACUGGAUAAAAAAUAGUAACAGCUGA